AUUAUUUUUUUAUUCAGUGGCAGAAGCAAGCUUCCAUAAAUGAGUGAUUUGAGAACUCGCUGGGAAUUUUUAGAUUAGCCCUAAAAAGCAAAAAAAAAAAAAAAAAAAAAACAUUUACAUUUUCUGUCAUCAAUUCAUUUCACAAUUAUUUGUAUUGCACUUUUCACUAUACACAUCAUACAGAAAAUACACGAGUCCACAUUACAGUGUACAGUGAUCUGUUAUCAGAGGAGACUGACUGAGUUAUGUGUUUCAAAAAUCACAGUUAGCGAAAAACGUAUUAAUUUAAACUAUGUAAUAAUUUAAUACAGGAACAAUGAGCUCAAUCUUAUUACAACGAAUAAACAUUAAAAUGCAACUAAAAUAUGCUCUUAUGCUAUUAAUAACGGUAAAUAAACCUAAUACCUAAAAAAAAAAACUAUUAUAAAAUGCAUCUCUGAAACCGCCUCAGCGACUAACGCUGCUGUUUGCUGUGAUUGGCUGAUGCGCACAGUAGGCGGAGUGUACAGGUGACGCAGGAAGCGUCCUGUGCUGCUAUUGGCUGGCUCUCGCGGUGGGCGUGGUUUCAUCAGCCCCGCUCGGAAGCUGUGAUUUUCCCCCUCAGUGUCAGUUGAUCCUCGCCGGGUGAAUGUCGUCCGAUUCUCCGAAACAAAUGCGGAUAAAAGAGACGCGACACUGUACCAUGAGAACAGACUCGCAUUAUUAUAAUAUUUGUGGAUAGAAGCAGAAGCGCUGGUGUUCUGGACGGAUUUCAUGUUUGGUUUUCAUGAGCUGUUCCUCCAUCAGAAUGAGCUCGUCUCCCGUCGGCCCUCGCGUGUGCGUCGAUAUCCUCGAGGAACUGCAGGUCUUCGCAGCUCAAAACCUGGAGAAGGUCGAGGUCAACAAAUACUAUGAGGUCAUACGAGAGCUCGGCAAGGGGACUUAUGGGAAGGUGGACCUCGUCAUCCAUAAGAGCAGAGGAGCCAAGAUGGCUCUGAAGUUCCUGAAGAAGAAGACAACCAAGCUGAAGAGUUUCUUGCGGGAGUACAGCAUCUCCCUCUAUCUUUCUCCGUGUCCCUUCGUCAUCAACAUGUUCGGCAUUGCGUUUGAAACGGAGGAGUACUAUGUGUUUGCGCAGGAAUACGCGCCGUCUGGAGACCUGUUCGACAUCAUUCCUCCACAGGUGGGUCUCCCGGAGCCGGUGGCGAAGCGCUGUGUGCAUCAGGUGGCCAUCGCGCUGGACUACCUCCACUCCAAGCAGCUGGUGCACAGAGACAUCAAGCCCGAGAACAUCCUAAUCUUCGACAAGGAGUGUCGUAAGGUCAAGCUCUCGGACUUCGGCAUGACUCGGCGCUCCGGUUCUCCGGUGAAGCGCGUGAGCGGCACGAUCCCGUACACGGCACCGGAGCUCUGCGACUCGUCGAAACACGAGGGCUUCAGCGUGGACUACAGCACAGACGUGUGGGCCUUCGGAGUGCUUCUCUUCUGCAUGCUCACCGGGAACUUCCCGUGGGAAAAGGCCAUGCCUCCCGACUCGUUCUACGAGGAGUUUGUGCGCUGGCAGAGGCGGCGAACGAAUUCGGUUCCGUCUCAGUGGCGUCGCUUCACAGACGAAGCCCUCCGCAUGUUCAGGAAGCUCCUGGCGCUGGAGCAGGAACGCCGAUGCUCCGUUAAGGAAGUAUUCGUGCAUUUCGGGCACCGCUGGAUGCUAGACGGGAAAAGCGGCGAAAACCAUCAUCAGUCGGCGCAGAACUCUUCAUCCGAGGAGGAGGAGCUGCUCGUGGACCGCAUGAAGAAGCAGAGCUUGUCUCCGAAGGCUUCGGCGAGUCUCGGUGUGGAGUCGGGGUCGGCUCACCUCUUCACAUCCGUGUCCACCAACAGCUCCGUCUCGUCCACCAACAGCUUCGAGCGCUCGGCCCGGGACAGUCCAGCCAGCAGCCGGAUCCUCGUCACCACGCCCAUCGAGAUCUGUGUGUGAGCGCGCACACACUCGCACACGCGCGCACCGAUGAAACGUGUGUACGAUAUAGCGCUAUUAUAUGGAACCCUGUUUACGACAUAAUUAAAAAAUCGUGCUUUUGUGUAUCUUAAUGUUUAGGGAUGCACGAUAUAUCGGCCACCGUAUCGGUAUCGGCCGAUAUGUGGUCAUUUUAAAUGUUAUCGUUAUCGGCCUGAUGAGAAAAUUUGGCUUAUAUAUUAAUCUUAUAUUAUAUCUAUAUAUAUUAUAUUAUAUCGACCGAUAUAUCGCUUAUCGGUUUUCAAAUAUAAAGAAUUGUCGGUGUCAGCCAAAAUUUCCAUAUCGAUGCAUCCCUAAUAAUUAUGCUAUAAAAAGGCAUAGUUAUGAUUUGCUGAUUCAUAAUUAUGACAAAAAAGUAUUAUGUACUAAAUCAAAAUUAUGAGAUUAAAGUCAAAAUUAUGACAGUUUUAAUUAAUGAUGACAUCAUAAUUACUAUUUAUAAGUCAUGAUUGUGACUUUUACCCCUGGUUUCACAGUCAAGGUUUAAGUCUAGUCUCAGACUAAAAUGCAUGUUUGAUCUGUUUUUAGUGAAGUUAUUAAAAUAUGUCAGUGCCACUGUUUCGUCUCA